AUGGUGUUUUACUCUAACCUCUCUCCUCGUCCCCAGGUGUCAGACGACAUCGGCUACGUGGUAUACUCGGCGCUAGGCAGCUUCUACAUACCCUCGUGCAUCAUGGUGUUCGUCUACAUCAGGAUAUACUUCGCGGCGAAGGCGCGCGCGAGGCGAGGCAUCAGGAAAAACCCGAGGCCUAGGCCGAACGAGCAGCAGACGAGCUUCAGUAACCCGCCCAAAGGCACGCGGCCGAUGCCGACCACGCAUCCAAUGCCUCUGGGGCAUCUUAGCAGUACUAAUAAUAAUGGGGAGAGCCAAAUAUCAACAAUAGAGACGCCACAGGUUCAAAUCCCGACAGUGACGUGUGACCUCGCGUCCGACAUCUCGACGAGUGAAGCGGGCGACACGAUGCCCCCUCCACCUGACGAGAGAAAAGACACGCUGAAGGUGGUAACAUCAGCACAAGUGACGAAGAACCCUCUAGCGUCCUGCCCGCACAGAAGUUCCACGUUAUCCGUGAACGAUUCCGGCGUCGUUAGCCGCUGCGGAGGCGUCAAACCCCUAAAGCUGCGGCUCUUCAAAAAAUCCGACAGGAGGCAGGAGAAAUCUCAACCCAGUAAAUCUGAACUCGAGCCCGCCUUACCCAAGCCUCACAAGCCUCGGGACCCUGAAAGGGAGAAGAAGAGGCUCGCGAGAAAGAAAGAGAAACGAGCCACUCUUAUACUAGGAUUAAUCAUGGGGAGCUUCAUCGCCUGCUGGCUUCCAUUCUUCUUUCUGUACAUACUAAAAGCGGCGUGCAGACAAUGCGUGAUCCCGCCCAACGCUUUCGCGAUUGCGUUCUGGCUGGGGUACAUGAACUCUGUCCUGAAUCCUGUGAUCUACACGAUAUUCAAUAAGGAUUUCAGGAGGGCGUUCAGAAGGAUACUGUUCAAGUGAUGUUUAGCCUACCUGUGCUGUUACCGAUGCGUCGCCAACCGCAUUCUGUUGGCUCAGCGGCGGGCAGUGCCAGGUCUUUACAAUGUACGCUAGUCGAAUCAUGACAUGUGAUAAUUACUUUUAAACUUAUGCGUUG